ACAGUAGAGAAAAGCCCUGAUUUUGUUCACUUGGAUCCUUCUCGCGAGGUUUAUGGAAGCUCAUCUUCGAUUUUUCCUCGCUUUCUCGUGCUUUUCGCUUCUCCUGAUCUCUGGAUUUGCAUCGGUUCCAUCGAGGGAUUCGUUGGGCAUAGCUCCCCAAGAUGAGCUUUAUUACAAAUCCGAUGUGAUUAAGUGUAAGGAUGGAUCGAAGAAGUUCAGCAAAGAUCAGUUGAAUGAUGAGUUUUGUGACUGUCCUGAUGGAACUGAUGAACCUGGAACUUCGGCGUGCCCAGAAGGGAAGUUUUAUUGCCGUAAUGUAGGUCAUGUCCCUCUUUCAAUUUACUCUUCCAGAGUAAAUGAUGGCAUUUGCGAUUGCUGUGAUGGAAGUGAUGAGUAUAAGAGUAAUGUGAAAUGCCGUAAUACGUGCUGGGAGGCUGGGAAAGCAGCUAGAGAAAGGUUGAGGAAAAGGAUAUCAACAUAUCAAGAUGGAGUAACUAUACGGAAGACAGAGGUAGAAAAGGCAAAACAAGCAUUUGCUAAAGAUGAAGCAGAGUUGGCAAAUCUAAAAGCUGAAGAGAAAAUACUCAAAGGACUAGUUCAGAAGCUUAAAGAGCAUAAAGAGCAGAUAGAGAAGGUUGAGGAGGAAGUGCGUCAAAAAAAGGAGGAAGAAAAGAAAUUGCAGGAAGAGGCUAGGAAAGCUAAUGAGAAAGAGGUAUAUCAUGAGGAACCUUCACAUGGUAAUAUUGAGGCCCCUCCUGAUGGUUUAUCAGAAUCACCAAAACAGGAUGACCAACAGCAUUAUCAUGAUACUUCAUCGGAAACUGAAUCCGAUCAAAGUGUUGGAACUGAGAUAUCAGACAAUCAUGAAGUGGAGCAGCAUGAGGAAGAAACUUACAAUGAUAAGCGUGGAAAUGUUGAUGAUGAUAAUAUUGGUGAAGCAUCCUCCUCUAAUGUGUUUGAGCAUAUAGAAGAUCAGCAUGACCCACUAACAGAAACCAAAACUACUGCUGAAACUGAAACCAAGGAGGGUUCCCCGGAUCAGGUGCAAGAAGUUUCUCCUGAUACUGAGAAGCUAUCAAGAGAAGAGUUGGGCCGUCUUGUGGCUUCCCGAUGGACUGGUGAAAAUACAGCAGAGAACAAAAAUGAUGUAGAUAAUAAUGUUAAAGAAGACCUUAAUCAUAAUCAAGAUGACUCAGAUCAUGAUGAUGUGCAAGAUGAAUAUAAUAAGGGCUAUACUUCAGAAAUUGAAGAUAACAAGUAUGCUGAUGGUGACGAAUUUAAUGGUUCAGAUGAUGAAUAUGAAGAUGAUCAUAUUGAUCCUACUGAGUCUUACAACCCUGAUGAUUUUGAUGAGAAAGAAGAUUUUUCAGAUUUGACUAUAUCAACUACCCCAUCUUGGCUGGACAAGGUUCGGCAAACUUUCAGAAAGGUUAUACAAGCAUUUAAAUUUUUCCAGACUCAGGUGGAUAUAUCAGAGGGUGCUCGUAUUCGGAAAGAGUAUGAUGAAUCAAGCUCAAGACUAUCCAAAAUACAAUCAAGAAUAUCCAGUCUCACUGAAAAGCUUAAGCAUGACUUUGGCAAGGAGAAGGAAUUUUAUUCGUUCUAUGGCCAGUGCUUUGAGAACAAGGAAAACAAGUAUACAUACAAAGUCUGCCCAUUCAAGCAAGCUACCCAGGUUGAAGGCCAUAGUACUACUCGCUUGGGGAACUGGGACAAAUUUGAGGAGUCAUACAGGAUCAUGCAGUUCACUUACGGAGAUAAAUGCUGGAACGGCCCUGACAGAAGUUUAACGGUUAGACUUCGGUGUGGAUUGAAGAACGAGUUAACUGAUGUCGAUGAACCAAGCCGAUGCGAAUACUCCGCUCUGCUUUCAACUCCUGCACUAUGCGUCGAAGAAAAACUAAAGGAACUGCAGCAAAAACUAGAACUACUUAACUCGAGCCAACCACCCAACCACGACGAACUGUAAAACCAUCUAAAUCACAUUCUCGACGGACUUUAAAAAUGUUCGAGGCAUCGACAUGCGGGCUAUUUAAAGAGAGAAAAAUCGGCAAAAUGACAUCGUGAUAUAUUCUAAUGAUCUUUUUUUGGCCCUGUGCUCCUAUUGUAACACUUUGAGAGCUGAUUCAGAAUGAGCAUUUCUCAGGUAACAACAAUAUUUGUUUAUCUGAGCUCAUCUUUCCAGUGUACUUUUAUUACUUGCAAAAUUUAUCAGUACUCUUCUGGUAAUAUUACCAGGAAAGAGUAAUGCAUUAGUUUAAUGUAAUGUUCCAGAUUUGAAAAAUUUAUUUUAAUACUGAAAUUUUCCUGACACUCUGACAAAAACUGGUUGAUAUA